GGGCUGGUCUGGGCCGCCAGGGAAGGAGCUGCAGAAGCAAAAUCGGAGGCGAACGAGCACAACCAUGUUUCCGCUUCACAGAGGAGCGGAGCUAUUCUUGGCAAUAGCAAUUUUAGCAUUAUGGAGCGGCAAUGAAUCACUGGCAGCCGACAGCAACCAGCGUGUCGUUUGCUACUACACAAACUGGUCCGUCUAUCGACCGGGCACAGCCAAGUUCACGCCGCAAAACAUAAACCCGUACCUCUGCACACAUCUGAUCUACUCGUUUGGUGGGUUUACGAAGGAAAACACGUUAAAACCAUACGACAAGUAUCAGGAUAUCGAGCAAGGUGGAUUUGCAAAGUUUACCGGGCUCAAGACGUACAACAAAAAUCUCAAAACGCUGCUAGCGAUCGGUGGCUGGAAUGAAGGUUCCUCGCGAUUCUCGCCGCUGGUAGCGGACGCGGAGCGUCGCAACCAGUUCGUAAAGAAUACGAUAAAAUUUUUGCGCCAGAACCAUUUCGAUGGACUCGAUUUGGACUGGGAAUAUCCGGCGUUCCGGGACGGUUCCAAGCCGAAGGAUCGCGAAAACUAUGCUCAGCUGGUGCAGGAGCUGCGCGAGGAGUUUGAGCGCGAGUCGUCGAAAACGGGCCGACCGAGGCUGCUGCUGACGAUGGCGGUGCCUGCCGGUAUCGAGUACGUCGAGAAGGGUUACGAUGUGCCAAAGCUGAACAAAUAUCUCGACUGGUUCAAUCUGCUGUCGUACGAUUAUCAUAGCGCGUACGAGCCGGCAGUCAAUCAUCACUCACCACUGUUUUCGCUGGAGGAAGCGUCCGAGUACAACUUCGACUCGGAGCUCAACAUUGAUUAUAGUGUGAAGUUUUACUUGAAAGCUGGAGCAGAUCGUGACAAGCUUGUGCUGGGUAUUCCAACGUACGGUCGAUCGUACACACUGUACAACCCGGACGCUACAGACAUCGGUGCACCGGCUGAUGGUCCCGGCGAGCAGGGUGACGCAACGCGCGAAAAGGGCUACCUUGCGUACUACGAAAUCUGCUCCAAUCUAAAGGACAGCUCGGAUUGGACGGUGGUCCAGCCGAAUCCAAAGGCAAUGGGACCGUACGCCUACAAGGGUAACCAAUGGGUCGGCUAUGACGAUGAGGCAAUCGCACGGCGCAAGGCAAAGUACGUCGCCGAGAACGGGCUCGGAGGUAUCAUGUUCUGGUCCAUCGAUAACGAUGACUUUAGGGGAACCUGUCACGGCAAACCAUACCCGAUCAUUGAAGCAGCCAAGGAAGCACUGUUAGCCAGCACAGAAGUGGGCAUAAACGAUGUUGCUUCAUCGAGCAGACCGCGGAAACCGAGUCGUUCGCGUAGUCGCCCCGGUUCUGCAACGCGCAACCGUGUGAAUACUGACAACAAUAACGAAAUUAAGGCCUCGUUCAAAACAUCUCAAGGGCGUAAAGUAGCUCGCCCGGUACGCGUUACGACGACCAGCACCACCACCACGACAACGACGGAAGAUUCUUUGUACAUUGGCGGAAGAACCACAACACCGCAGCCGCCAACUACGCCUGAUCCAGGCGCAGACUUUAAAUGCGAAGAUGAAGGUUUCUUCCCGCAUCCACGCGAUUGCAAAAAAUACUUCUGGUGUUUGGAUAGUCCCAGCCUCGGUUUGGUAGCGCAUCAGUUUACCUGUCCAUCGGGACUGGUGUUCAACAAGCAGGCGGAUUCGUGCGAUUAUGCUCGUAACGUGAUCUGCUCCAAGACCGUCGCCACAACCUCAACCACAAGCACCACCAGCACCACCACAACCGUAGCGACGCCCACAACAUCAACCACACCGAGGCCUCGUAUUACAAUUCCCACCAAUCGGAAUAAUUUCUUCAACCGCGGAACGUUUACCACCACAACCACGACCGAGCCGACCGUGGAAGUAGACUACUCCGACGAGGAUAACACCGAAACGCAGCCAGAGGAGGACCCAAAGGUGAUCAAGGAGCUGAUUGCGCUGAUCAAAAAGGUUGGAGGCAUUGAGGAGCUGGAGAAGCAGCUGCAGGCCCAGGAAGAUGGUUCCAUACUGUUGAAGGAUGCGGCCUCGGACCAAAUAUCGACCACAGCACCGACCAUUAGCAAAUCGUUGUACGAGCGUGUGCUGAGCCGCACUGGAACCGUGGGCCAGAAGUUCCGCCCAGCCAUUACCUUCACCCAGCAGGAUAAGACGGGUUCGCUGCCGGAAAACAAGUACUCAUCGGUGGUGCGCAACUCGUACACGAACAGUCGCGUUGGUCCGCAAAACGAGGGACUCGACCAGCUGCCCGAGUUCGAGGGUGUGUUCCGUGAGAAGCCCAAGUACGUAACGCUGCAGCGUGUGCGACCAACGAAGGCAACGUCGAUCGAGGAUCGGUACGAUGACGAUGAGGACAUCGAUGAGGAAGAGAACCAACCCUCUACGUUCACAACCAGCAAGCCGACCUCCGUGCCGAAGUACGUCAGCAUCAGACGUCAGCGUCCGACGACGAUCGCCGAGCAGGACAGUGAUGUAGAUGGUGAGGAUGCAGCACAGGACGAGGAAAGAGAGGGGGAGAAAUUUUCUGCAGGCGGUGCGCAGUACAGUGCGGUGAACCGUAACUGGAACCGCCGGCCGACAGAAGCGUCAAACGUGGCAGAAAGUGAACCGGAGCGUUCGUCUCCAAAUCGCUACAACACCAUCGAUCGUAGACGGACGACCAGCGUACCGUACACCAGCAGUAGGUUGCAGGAUGCCGAACGUGAUGAUGUAGGCACAGAUUCUUCUCUUUUGGUACCAUCUACAGACUUCCAAACCAUAUACACUACAGCUUCCACCACCACGAUCGAUCCAUCACAAUCUUCAGAACCAAACUUGAUACCUUACAGCACACGACAGUAUAGUAGUGUUGAGCGCGUUAACAGCAACACCAUUAGCAACGACAACGACCGAGGCGGCAAUAGCGAAAGUAGUAGUAGUAGUAAUAGUAGUAACGAUAGCGAUAGUAGUACUAGCAGUGGCAGCGAUGCUGCUGCCCCCAAACCAUCCAAUUUAGUAGCAUUUUCAAGCGCAACCACCGCCCCGAACAGCGACAGUGCUGAAGAGCCGGAGCAGGUCCAGGUGCUGUCGAAUGUCGAUUACCAGCCUACUCCGGAGGUGACUGACACCACCAAUGUGCCAAUUGUUCCCACUUUGCACAAAACGGACGAUGGUAUUAACGGUGACGGUGCCAAAACACCGCUCGGUGACGCGAUGCUAGAGGUAACCACCAUACUAAACACAGGUGAAAGCGUUACUGGUAGUAGUGUUAGCAGUCUGGACGCUGGUUUGGAGGGUAGUGAUACAUUUGCUAAUAACGAUAAGCGCUUCGAGCCACUGUACGAUGGUGGUGAGAAAGGUUUCACCGACUACGAAGCGAUCGUUACCACCACGACGACGACCGGUGCACCACCGUCCGUGCCGUCGACCACGGCGGUCCCUGCGACGGCUAGUUCCCUCACUAACGAUGCUACUUCUAACUCAGUUUUCAAAUUCACAAGAACUAGGAAACCAUCGACUACCACCACCGCCACACUAGAACCUGUCACUAACCCUAGUCGGAAAGUUCCCCCGGGGAGUGGUGUUGCUCCGAUAAAGGCAGCCCCACGCCCAUUCGCAGCAGGCGCACGUCGCACACGUCCGACGCGCCUGCCAGAAACUGCGAACAGCUUAGCUACCACCACCGCACCAGAGCUAGAGUCGACGACACUCCGAUCGGUAAAGGUGAGUUUUUCCAAUGCCCAGAGAUUUGAUCUUUCAGCAAGCCGGCAGCGUAGGGUCGGCAGCGCUACGCCCGAGAGUAGCGAACUUGUAGAUGGUAGACAGAUUAAUGAGCAACCCGCGACACGGGCAACCGUGCGCGGUAACCGUGGCCGGGUGCGUUUCCGUACCGCGGCCGAAAAAUCGGUCGCCUCCACACCACUCUCUAGCGACGAUUCGCAAAGCACUAAGUCUUCGGACAAGUUUGUUAGCACCACAACCACGCAAACUACGCGUCGCCGCUCGCGACCAUCUACCGGAGAACUGGCCGCCAAUCGUUUUGCAAUAGGCCGCACUACAACGGUUAGCUCGAGCGCUAGCACACCGACAGUCGAACCAUUGACAACCGCUUCCGACCGUGGAUCGUUGCGUCGCGUUAACUUUAGCCUCUACAGCGGACGUCGCGCAAGCGAUACGGUGUCCACCACGUCGACCGAAGAGCCACGCAUAGAGACGGAAACGUACGACAAUGUGACGCCGUUUGAUCAGGCCGAAAUUAAAUCAUACACACGAAUUGCUGAGGAUCCGUUUAUGACGCAGGAACGAAUUCUGCUGACGCUUGGUACCGCUUUGCGUUACGGCUUUAGUAGCCGUAACGAGCUGACCAGUGGUACAGCAAGCCCUACAUUCCCGACACAACCGGUGCAGGAGUUUUCAAGCACACUCGCACCGGCACGUUCCACCUUCAAGGGUCGUCCGUUUGGGCGUGAAAAUGUCGACAAUAUGGUAAAUAAUGGAUUGGCCGAAAACUUAAAUGACAUGUCAACGGAGUCAAAUGCACAAUUCUUUGAAGACCCUGUCACAUCUGACGGUCGAUUACUGAACGAGCUUACUACUGUGUACAAUGUGAAUGCUGCCGAAGUCGAUACGACUACUCCCCAGCCGAGAAAGCUCGUCUCGUCCAGCUUGCGGGAUCGGUACAGUGCCAGCAGCACAACGGAAGCCGUCGACACCACGCUAAACGUGGUAGUUUCCGAGGUUAACACGAACAAAACAUUCAUUCCGGGACGCACACGUCCAACACGUCCGGCCCGACUGCGUACGACAUUGGAUGCUAGCACUGGGUCAACUGCUGCCGAGCAGGAGGUCACAAGAUCACCAUCACGUAGACCAUUUGCCUCAAGAAAGCAACCAAACGGCGACGUUUUCAGCUCACGCUUCGCACCGCCGGAAGAAACGCUUGGUAACGAUGUGACAGAACGAGCGACGGGUAUAUCGACAACCAAGCGUCAGCGGGUAAACCGUCGUCGUACCACUACCACCACAACGCCUGCUACCGCCACCACUGCAGCUGACGAAAGUCCCGUAACGCGUGGACGUAACGCUUUCAAUACAGAUCAACGCCGGCAGCGAUUACCCGGCAAUCGGUUCUUGAAGACCGCUUCUACGACAACUUCUACGGAAUCGUUUACCGCGGAACCAACGUACCCGGACAGUAAUGUGGCCAACUCGGACUUUACAACCGUGAUCACUGACACAUCGAACGAAAUCGCAUCGGGCUACGAUCUGCUCAACAGCGACAACUUGCUCAACCUACCAAAUCUUCGCACCAGUGAAGACAUUGACGAGGAAGAUGCUACCGAAACGCUGUCCACACUGGCCGUAUCAGCUACGGAAGCGAACCCGAGUGCCAAUUUGGUUUCGGGCGGUCUUACACAGCCACCAAAGCCCCAGAAGCUAACGAGCUCCGACGGUACGCGCAUUAACGAUAGUCAACAGAUUGAGUCCGAAUCCAUCCCAAGCCGUAGCUCGACGCGAGUAUUCGGUAGUGGUGCGACCAGGCGCAAGUUUACCGGUAAGUUUGUCACUACAGAGGCACCAGAACCAACGGAACCGAUCAAGAAGUUUGUGCCAACGCGCCGAAACCGUCCAUCGUUCUCGCUAGCUCGCAAUGGCCGACUGUCGACCACUACCGAGGAUAGUUCAUUCGUUGCCACUACCGCAGACGCAGACGGUACCGUUUCGGCUGGCCCGGCUCCGUUCGUGCCAUCACGUAAACGUAAACCACUGCUGCUCGGUAGCCGCACAUCCACUACGGCAGCACCGCUGAAUGAGGGUGCGAACGGUGACGAUUCUGUGCAACCGUCUGCACGCCCAACACGGCGCCGUCCGGCCUACUCACUGAACCGUCCCGCAAGACCGCAAGCGUUUGAAAAUUCGUUCGACAAAGCGACGGUAACGUCGAAACCGGUCGAGCAAAAGUCGAUCAAUCGCACCUCGGUUCUGCUACCGAAGAGACCGAAUCUGUUUGCGCGUACUACCACCACUACCAGCACGACGACUGUAGCGCCAUUCGGUGCGGAUGCUACUGACAGAACAACGCUGGAGGAUAGGUUCAGCUCCUCGGAAGAACAGCGCUACAGUGGUGAGGAAAACGAGGGAGAUAAUGAAAUCCAACGUCAGGGUAAGAGACUAUUCGGUCAGUUAGGUAGUGACGCCAGCAACAGCUUGGUGCCACAAGAAGUCGACACAGAAAAGCCACGCCCCGAACCUACGUACGGUGGUGUACGACGGCCUGGUUCUCGCAUCGGCCCAACGCCGGCCCGUGCACAGCCCAACUCCGGCAGCAAUCGGUUCAUUUUCAAGAACAACCAACCGGCAGCGACCGGCAAUUCGGAGGGUACAGCAUCUUUGACCACGCAGCGCACCUUUACAACACGCACUAGACGACCGUUCGGAAAUGUCGGUGGAUACAAACCGACAGCACAAAACGGUACCGUACUGAGCGGUGACUCUGGGGCACCAGUUGCAGGCAGUGUAACUACACCGAGACCACGGUUUACUCCAACGACGCGCACGCGUCCAACAUUCGGUCGCCUACGCUCGACCACUGCGUCGUUGGCGAGCAAAUCGGACGCAGGCACUGAUGGCGAGCGUGUGGUAGUCGCCUCGACGCUCAACGAUUUGGAACAGGGUGCUGGUUUCGCGACGCGACGCUACCAGCCACGCAAACCAACCAGCCGACGUAACUUUACCUCCGUUAGCGUACCGGUAACGUCGGUGGGUAGUGGUGUGGGCAGUUUUUACAAUGGUACGCGCGCUGGACAGAACGUAACACUGCCGGCGGUAUUCUUACUAACAACGCAAGAUACGGCAGAGGGCAUACAACAGACGACACCAUCACAAACGCUCAAGGAGACGACGCUAACCGCGGCCGAGUUUCCAACCGACGAUACAAAACAGCCUCACGAUUCAACGACCGCUUUUACCGUCGUUUCGCCUAUCGCUAGCCAGAACGGUACGGAUGAGCUAACACCAACAACAACAACCACCACCACAUCGCCCUGGCUUCUGGAGACAGUAAACGGGGCCGAAAACACUACCUCGUACGAGGAUACAGUCAACACAUUCAGAACAACCACCGAAUACUACACCGCAUCCGAUGAGACUCACUACACAACACUGAAUACGGCUGACACGAUCUACACGAUUAAUGAUAAUAUCGAUAUUGAUGAUGUCAAUGUAUUGCAGGACCGUAGUAGAACGUCGACGACCACCGUCAAGCCCACCACGCUGUACCACGUGUUUUCGAUUGAUAAGGAGAACGAAUCGGUCCCAUCCUCCACCGAGAUUUAUCGCACCGAGGAGCAAGAGAUCGAGCUGCCGGCGGCCAACAGGACCGACAAGCUGGUCAAGAUACACCGGGUGGUCGAAAUCUACACGAAGAACACGAGCAAUCCGGACGAGCUGCCCGUCAUGCAGAAGCUUGGUGAGAUAAAUCGCAAGAUUAUCAUACGGCUGGUAGAACCGAACCGGGCCAACAAUCGCACCGGAGGCACGAGCAGCAGCAGCAGCUACACCACGACCACGCUCGGUAGCGGUGCCCCGGUAACGGAGCGUGUCGACGAUGAGGACACGGACAAUGGUCGCGGUCGCACCGUGGUCCUGUCGUCUAACAGUGUGUUCACCGUGGAGACGUCCACCAUUCCGCUCGAAGGUUUGUUUGAUCCGGAGAAGGGUGUCGGGUUCCCGACCACCGAUAUGCCACCGCAGGCAGAUGCCGAGCAGUUGGACGACGUGCCAACCGUGGCCCCACAUCCAGAGAUUGAGCGCAUUUCGAGUGUAGAUUUCAGCUCGGCAACCGGUGCCAGCCCGCUGGAACAGGACGACGAGCUGCCGGCAGUGACGCAGCUUGCUGCAGAAACCGAUCGCUACGUGCAGGUAACUAGCUUGCGGCCGGACUUGACAGACGAUACAGAUACGGAGUCGAGCAACGAUGACAGACAGCAGGGCAACGGGUACAAACCACAGACCACUGACCUCUACUUUAACCCGGCCGAAGAGCUGACCACCACGGCAACGGUGGCGGCAGAGCCGGAAGAAACUACCUUCAAAACCGUGACCGUGAGUACGACCCGCACCACACCGGUAGUGGUAUCGUCCUCGACACAGCGCGAGAUCGUGCACAAGUACACACUGCCGGCCGAGUUCUCUUUCCAAGAGCCUUCGAGCGAAACGACCACCACCAAAACGACCACGACGACGCCAGCGACGACCACCAGCUCAUCAUCAGCUCCGGAGUUACUGACGACCACGCCGGCGGACCUGCCGUCCGGCAGCAGUACGGUGGUCGAUCGCGUACAGUCGCUAGUGUUGCCGAGCAAAGAGAGCAAGAAAAAGUACACCAAGCGCCCGGAAUCGGUUCUUACUGCCUCGCGGGUGUCCGACUUUGCGUACAGUAGGGACAGUUCCGCCGAAGCUGACAAUGAGCGGGUGGUAGCCACUACCGAACCACUGUACAUGACCGAACCGGUCCCCGUCACGACAACUAAAGCUACCAACACACGCCAUUACACAAACAAUCGCAAAUACGUGUCGUCGCUCUCGUUGCGUCCUAACUUUAGCACGCCGGAAGCAACACAGAACAGUGGUGGGCCAUCGUACAGGAAGUCGAAGGACAUACCCGUCGUACCGCUACCGAAGGUAAUUAGCUCCAAAUCGGCCACGCAGCGCGUACCUACUACCACUACCGAAACGACGACGACGACAACGACGACGACCACGCCCGCACCGAUCACCAAGAUAGACUUCAACAUCAAGUACGUGCUGCCGGUAAACCUGCCAGACGCCAACUCGCACGAGCUCAAGAUCGAAAGCAAAAAUGACAAGUACAGCGUACCGUUGUCGCCGAUACUGAGGCCAGACUUUAUAACGCGCGAAAUAUCCGGCGAACGGCAGGAUCGCCAGUUUUCGCCCGUCUACCGGCCGGAGCUCGAUAACGAUGAGCUGACGCGCCAGCUAACCAGCGAUGCCGACCCGGUCGCCCUCGAGGCGGAACAUCUCGAUCGCGAAAUACUCGGCGACGGUGACAGUAGACAGUCGGCGGAGGGUGGUGCAUCGCUCGGCACCGCAGAGCAGCUCGUCAGCCACAGUAUACCGUCGUCCGCGGCAUACUUCUUGCGCCGUACGGCCGAGGUUAGUUAA